GCUCCUCGCGCCGCCAUGAAACACACUCCCACCGCCAUGUAAACGGAAACCUGCUCCGGGCUCUGGGCGGACUGUGGGCCUGACACACACACUCCACUUCCCGGUCUGGGAUGUCGCAACAGACGCACACCAUGUCACCACCUGAAACAACCUCCUGAGUUACACUUUACGCGCUUUUAUUGUCUUUUUUUCCUCUUGGUUAUCAUGGGUGACUCGGACACCACCGGGGCCGUGACUCGCCGGAGAAGAGCGGGCAGAGGUGGGAGUCUGCAGCCGGGGAACGGGAAGGAUAGGGCGGCGUGUCCGAGCGCCGUGCCCGCUGACCUUACCGGGGAUAAUACCGAAAAGAAACGCGACCAUUCACUGGAGACCACCCGGAAUAAAGGAAAGAGGGAGAAAAACAAGCGCAGCAAUGACAGAAUAAGUGACAGGUUCAGCUGUCACAAGACACAGGAGUCCCUGUUGAGUUCAUCUAGUGGUUACAAAAACUACAGAGGAAUCUUCAACUGGUGUGUGGUUAUGCUGGUGCUAAGCAAUGCUCGCCUCUUCUUAGAAAAUCUUUUGAAGUAUGGUGUUCUGGUUGACCCUGUUCAGGUGGUUUCAUUAUUUCUGAAGAAUCCCUACAGCUGGCCUGCUGCAUGUCUGGUGAUUGUGUCCAAUGUGUUCAUUCUGGUGGCUCUCUACACAGAAAGGCAACUCUCAAAGGGUUCAUUCAGUGAACUAGUAGGAUUUCUGUUCCAUUGCAUUAACCUGACAAUCAUGCUAACGUUCCCUGCUGCAGUGGUCCUAAUGGUCCCCUCCUUGACUCCAGUUGGUGGUGCAUUUGUUCUUGGUACUUACACCAUUCUCUUCCUGAAGCUGUACUCCUAUAAAGAUGUCAACAGGUGGUGCAGGGAGCUUAGUACCGUCAAGGCCAAGAAACUGUCCCGGUCUCUGUCAUGUCCCUCAGAACAGCAUUUAAAUGGAGGAGAUCGUAAGGUGUGUUAUCCAGGCAACCUCACAAUCAGAGACAUGUACUACUUUGUUUUUGCUCCAACUGUGUGCUACGAACUCAACUUUCCUCGCUCUGCCAAAGUUCGAAUGAGUUUCUUGCUUAGGAGAUUGUUUGAGAUGCUGUUCCUCAUCCAGCUUUCAAUCGGUCUCACUCAACAGUGGAUGAUCCCCAUCAUCCAAAGCUCCAUGAAACCACUAGAGGACAUGGAUUUAUUCAGGAUGACUGAAAGACUCCUGAGACUAGCUGUUCCUAAUCACUUGAUAUGGCUGAUUUUUUUCUACUGGUUUUUCCAUUCAUCUAUGAACUUUACCGCGGAGCUGCUGUGCUUCGGUGACAGACAGUUUUAUAAGGAUUGGUGGAACUCGGAGACAGUGACGUAUUUCUGGCAGAACUGGAACAUCCCUGUUCACAAGUGGUGUUUACGUCAUUUUUACAAGCCGAUGCUGAGGAGAGGGUUCAGUAAAAUCGUCAGUCAGUCGGCUGUUUUCUUCUUGUCGGCUUUCUUCCACGAGUACCUGGUGAGUGUUCCUCUGAGGAUGUUCAGACUUUGGGCGUUCAUGGCGAUGAUGGCUCAGCUUCCAUUAGCCUGGUUUGUGGGUCGCUUCUUGCGUGGUGACUAUGGCAAUGCAGCAGUCUGGAUGUCACUUAUAAUUGGUCAGCCAAUCGCCGUCCUGAUGUACGUCCACGACUACUACGUCCUGCACUACAGACAGGAGGUCGAAUAAUGUGCACAAACAUAUGCAUAUACAACACAUACCACUAGCAUCAGAUCUACAGCAAUAUUCAUCAUUGGCACAUUUGGCAUUAUAUGAAACGGCUGG